AUGUCGGAUAAUGAAGUAAAAAAUGACAUAAUUGCCCUUUGUCAAACCGUCCCGGAGAAAUUUUGGGCUGAUUUUUCGCACAAAUCUAUGUCUACUUCGGAAUAUUUGCAGACUUGCCAUAAUUUAAGCAGGUAUUUGCAAGGAAAUUAUCCGGUUCCCUAUUUAACGAACCAAGCCUCUUUCUACGGCCUGAAUUUUUUGGUGGAAAAAGGGGUUUUCAUUCCCCAAUCAGAUACCGAAAUAUUGAAAUUAAAAUUUUUGGAUAUCGGUACGGGUUGUGGAAAUAUAGUAAUUUCUUUGGCGAAAAAUCGGCCAGCAGAUGAUUUUUUGGCUGUGGAUAUCAACGAGCAGGCCUUAAAAGUGGCGAAAAUAAACGCCGCUCGUCAGGAAGCAAAAAAUAUUCGAUUUAUCAAAAGUGAUUUAUUUAGUAAUAUAGACAAGAAAGAAAAAUUUAAUAUUAUUAUGGCUAACCCACCUUACGUCAGCGAAAGUGAAUAUCAAAAUUUAGCUCCGGCAGUCAAAGAGCAGCCCCGAAAAGCCUUAAUAGCCGCCAAUGAGGGCUAUUUUUUCUAUCAAAAAAUUUUCCGUCAGGCUCGCCAUUUUUUAGCAAAAAAAUUCCUUUUAAUGGUCGAAAUUGGCUCCCGGCAAGCCGAAAAUGUCAUAAAAUUAAUAAUAGAACAUUUGGCCCGAGUUCAAAUUUCUAUUUUCCCCGAUUAUUCAGGACAUCCACGAACAGUAGCAACAAAAGUAACAGUGAUAGGAAAAGCCGGAUUGGCUGAAAGAGUUUAUAAUUCAAAGGGUCGUUAUUCAGAGGGUCGAAGAAGUUUAUUAAAAUCAUUAAGCAAAUCACAAAUUGAUGCCGUGAUUGGUGGAAUAUUAGAGGAAAUCGAAAAAGCUCUCAUUAAAGGAGAGAAGGUUAGUUUUCCAGGAUAUUUUUCUCUACAAACAACAUUACAAAAGGCUCGUGUGGCCAUGAAUUUACAGACUAAGAAAAAAAUGAAUAUUCCGGCCAAAAGGGUUCCUAAAGCGAAAUUCUCUGUUGAUUUAAAAAAUGAGAUUAGCAAAAAAAGAUUGAGUUUAGCAAGUGAUAGUAAUAAAGAUAAAUACGAAGUGCGUACAAAAGACGGCAAGGAUCAGGUGGUGAAAUUUGCUGAAGACGCUAAGAAUGAUAGCACAGCUGAAGAAGGCAUAGAAUUAGAGUGCAGAAAAGAUGGCGCAAGUGAUAACCGCAAAGAGGACAAAGAGGAAGAAAUUAAGGAAACGGAUUUGGAUACUUUUCUCCAGAAUAAUCACGAUAAAUUGGUGUUGGUGAAAUUUUCAACGACUUGGUGUCCGCCUUGUCGGGUGCUACAAAAAAAUAUUCAGGAGUUGAUGGCAGAAUUGGAAAAAUCAGCCGCACCGAAAAAAGAUUUAUUGGUGUUGGAAGUGGACGCAGAAAAGUUUCCUCGGCUAGCCCAGAGAGAACAAUUUCGCGUUUCCUCUGUGCCGACCAUUUUUCUUUUUCAGCAAAGCAAAAUGAUUAGAAAAAAUAAUGGCGUCUUGGGCGGACAAAAGUUGCGGGAUUUUAUCGAUCCGAGAAUGUGGGUUCAAUUCCUGUCGCCUCUGCCAGGUUUGUCGGCCCACAUCGCGCAAUUGGUAGACGCAGCGGGCUUAAGAUCCGUCCAGUGUGGGUUCGAGUCCCACUUAAUUUUAAGUAUGAAAGAAAUUAAAGGUUUUACUUAUCGGGAACUUGGCAUGGCAGAAAGCAGAAUUAAGUUGGAAAAAGACCCUAAAGUGGAGUAUGAACUGAAAAUAUUGGAUAAAAACAAAAAGGAAAUCGAAGAGUAUGAUUAUAUUUCUCCUACUGACAGCGAAGUAGUAAUUAUUAUAAAAGUUAAUAUAUCAAAUGGGUCAAUUAGGAUAAAAAACAUGCCCGAAUACGAACGAAAAACAAAGGAGGCUCACAAAAAAUUACUAAAAGAAAAAAAACCCGAAUUAUUUAACCGCAAUGAAAAACAGGGCCACAGGUCUAGCAAUAUUGAAUUUAAUAUUACGGAGGAAAAUGGCAAAAUGCAACUAACCUUUUACAAAAAAGGCGAAACUGGUCUUACCCCUCGCGUUUUUUCCGAAGACCGCAUUGAUAUUCAACCGGAAUAUUAUGAAACCAUAAAAAUUACUCAUGCCGAAGGAGGUGAAAAAAUUGAGGAAAAGACCGAUAAACUUCAACCGACUGCGGGCUGA